AUGUAUAAACCAUCAACAGCAGCAGCUUUGAGAGUAUUUGCAUUGUACAAUAAGGUGUCACACAGUAGUGGUGUAUUCCGUUGCUACUCAUCAUCAACUGCUACUCCUACUGCUGCUGCUGCCGCUGCCACUACUCAUCAACCAUUGAGAAUCGCACUCGUUGGCGCCCCAGGAUCAGGUAAAGGAACACAAUCAGCAAAACUAGAGAGAGACUAUUCAAUCAAACCAAUAUCAACUGGUCAGAUAUUGCGUCAAUCGUCCAAAGAGGACUCUGAUCUUGGCAGAGAUAUCAAGGCAAAGUUGGAUGCUGGACAGUUGCUGUCCGAUGACUUUAUGUUCAAGAUUGUCAAAGAAUAUCUUUCAAAGAUGAAUACCUACUUGCUCGAUGGUUUUCCUCGAACCACAAAGCAGGCUGAAGAUUUGGACAGAUGGCUUGAGGAUCAAAAGACUCCAUUGGACUUUGUACUAUACAUUGAUGUGCCAGAGGAAGUGCUCAUCGAUAGAAUACAGGAUCGUUGGAUACAUCCAGGCAGUGGACGCGUCUACAACUCCACCUACAACAAACCAAAGGUGGCCAUGUUGGAUGAUGUGACUGGCGAGCAAUUGAUGCGACGCUCCGACGACAAUGAGGAGCGUAAGAUCAAGGACAGAAUUGAAACGUAUCAUCGAGAGACCAUGCCCAUCCUCGAGCACUACAAGCAACGAGGCAAGUUGGUUUCUAUCUACUCGCCAAACUCUGACGUUGGCCACCAACAACAUCAACAACACCUUGAAUGA